UACGCCCUCUAGUGUUAUAUCAAUAUACCCAUUUCGGUGCAGUGGUUUUCAGAUUUGUGACUUUGAGGCCAUCAUUUUUCCAUGAAAAUAUUCAUAAAUAUUCAAAGAACCUCUGCUACCUCUGUUGGGAUAAAAAUAAAUAGAUGAAACCAUCAUGCCAGAAGGCUAUUUUUAUUUGUAGUAGUUUUAAAUUAAGGUUAUGGUACUAUAAUUCAUUUUAAAUUAGUUUAAGCUGUUUGGCCAUCCGUUGAGAACCACUGGUUGAGUAAUUUGUAUAGUCUACAUAAUUUACACUCUCCAGUUGUCAUUAUUACAGUAUCUGCAAGAGUUACGAUAAGGUUUAUCUCAUGCCAUCACAGAUCUAGUUGUGUUUACUCAUCUUUUGACUUAAUUCUUAACCCCGUUAAAGUUAUAGGCUACUCCCAAAGAAACAAAGGUAGAUCAAUUAUAAUAAUUCACAUCCUAGAAGAAACAGUGGCCAACCCUAUUGAAUUGUUCUGUUCGAUUGAUUCAAGGAUGAAGCUCAUGAUAGCAUAUCCUGGUCAUUUCACCUUAAAAUCAAAAUCAAAAGUAAUUAUAGUCUAUCUAAAUAAAAUUUAAUUAUAGGCUAUUCAGGCCUAUUGAAUAUCUAUAAAAACGUUUUAAUGUUAUUUUUUUUUCUGGGAAAAAAAGGCUAAGGCUAUGUAAUAACAGUGACAGUUUAUUUUUACAUAUGAACUAGUUCAAAGUGUUCAUAUGAAAGUGUUCAAAUAAAACAAAAGCGGGAAAUCGAUAAUAAAUGAUACGAUGAAUAUUAUUAUGUUUAAACUUACACUACUGAGAGAACCGACAGUUUGUUUAACAGACAUUUGUUCAAAGGCGACCUAAUCAAUCAGUCUGACAAAGGAAUCAAUCAUUCGAGGCUCCAGAUUUCGAUUCGCUUUCCAGCGAGUGAAGUGAUUCAUUGACAGCGGCCCUGGCUGUGUGUAGUUAUGUUGAGGUGGUAUCUGACUGUUGAUUUUUCAUUAACUAUCAGCUGCCUCGUGGCGAUACUCCUCUAGUCCUGUGAAAACAAGGACAGGAGGGUUUAUGUUUUUUUCUCUCAGCUGUGAAAGUAAAAGAGGUGGGCAUAAGCAGACGCCUCUGGACCGCGGGCGCGCAGGCUUCACUCGCUGCUAGUUACGAUUAAACGCUCGAUAACUAGGUAAAGUCACGUUUACGCUUAGUUCCUCACGCGGUUGGACAUACAAGUCGCUUGGAUAUACCAGUACUCCUCAGGGAGUCCCUCCAAAGCUGUGUCCACCAUGUCCCUUUCUGUGCGCCCCACGCGGAGGGUCAUCACCAGAUCCAUCACUAGGAGCCAGUCCUUCGCCGGAGUCAACUCCUACGAUAAAUCUUACAGACACCUUUCUGUGUUCAGCACCCCGGCAAGUGUAAGGAAGACUCCUUCCAGAGCAAGCAGGAUGUUCACGCUUUCCACUAAAUCUCCUCCCCCAAAGGUGCCCCAGCCUGAGAGACUGGACGAGGUGUACGAGGCCCUGAAAAGAGGAUUGCAAUCCUACCUGCAGGUCCAUCAGAUGGAGCUGGACAGCCUAAACAGACAAAUGAAGGAGUCUAAGAGAAAUUCUCGCUUGGGCUUUUUGUAUGAACUUGACAAGCAAGUGAAAGUAAUUGAGAGAUUUAUGAGACGACUGGAGUUUCAUCUCAGUAAGAUUGAUGAGCUCUAUGAGGCAUACUGUAUGCAGCGCAGACUGCGAGACGGAGCCGAUAAGAUGGUGAAGGCUUACACAGCCUCUCCAGGCAGCAGGGAGGCCAGAGAGAGUCUGUCUGAAGCUAACAAAAGCUUCAAAGAGUACACAGAGAAUAUGUGCAUGCUAGAGAGUGAGCUGGAGAACCAGCUGGGGGAGUUCCAUGUCAAAAUGAAGGGCUUGGCGGGAUUUGCACGACUUUGUGCUGGAGAUCAAUAUGAGAUCUUUAUGAAGUACGGUCGUCAGCGGUGGAAACUGCGGGGUCGGAUUGAAAUCAACGGAAAACAAGUGUGGGAUAGUGAGGAGAUGGUCUUUCUCCCGCUUAUCACAGAGUUCCUGUCUAUAAAGGUGACGGAGCUGAAGAGUCUGGCCAAUCACGUGGUGGUGGGAAGUGUCUCAUGUGAGACGAAGGACCUGUUUGCUGCCUUGCCUCAAACAGUAGCUGUGGAUAUCAAUGACUUGGGCACCAUUAAGCUCAGCCUAGAGGUCACAUGGAAUCCAUUCGACAAAGAUGACCAGUCGUCCUCGGCUAGCACCGUGAACAAAGCUCCUACUGUCAACAAACGCUUCUCUACCUACAACCAGAGUCCUCCAGAUACCCCCUCUCUACGAGAGCAGGCCUUCUAUACAGCUCCACGGAGCAUGAUGUCCAAACAACGUUGGUCCUUACUGGAUGUGUUCAGAGACACACUGACAGAGAAACUGACUCAGAGCUGCUCAUGCAGCGAUGUCACCUCGGUCCGCCUGGGUUCAUCUCUGCUUUCCAGUCACAAUAUGUUAAGGAGACAAGAGGAGAUGGAGAAUGGAACGGCGUGGUCAAACUCUUCCGAAUCCUCAGACGAUUCCUCCAGUCCUCAGCUUUCCUUGGGAAUGCGCCAUGCACACAAGAACUUAGUACAGCCUGAGGUACAAACUGCUCCUCCUGCCAUUGAAAUCUCAUUUGCACCUCGCGAAUCGGCAACCUCUACUCCCACCCGCCUGGCCAAUCAGAAAGAGGAAGAUGAGGAGGAGGAAGAAGAGGAGGAGGAUCUGAAGAAACCAACAGCCUCCAUAACAGUCACCACCGAGGCUCCUGUGAAACAGGAAGUGCCCAAUGGCCAUCCCCGCUAUUCUCGCUCCCUUAGCCACAUCAGCGAGAACAGCGCAGAUGGUGUUUUGACAGAUAGACUGGCUGGGGAAUCCUUGGAGGCCCGUGAAGUGACUUCAGUGGUCUCUUCGGUAUUUGUAAGUGACAUUGCCAUGGAUAUGCCCCUCCGAGCAGAACCAUGUUUUGUAGUACCAGACACUCAGGAGACUUGCCCCAUUCCUGAUCCCUCCACGAGUGAGCCAUCCUUUCCCGCUGAGCCUGUGAACUGUUCAGAAAGUAGAUCUCCUGCAGAAACCACAGCCUGUGACUCUGAAAAAGCUACAGAGCCCACCUGUGGAGACAAAGACUCUUUACCCAUUGCUAAUGCUUUGUCCCAGCAGAUGGACUCCAAGGAUCCUAGGACUGAUUCCGCUCAUGAGCCACACCUCACAAAGACACAAACGGACGACCUGCUGGCAGAGAAGUCUGGUUCUUUAGUAGACACCAGACCCGUGGGUGAUUUGGAGGGACAAUCAGCAGACAGCGGUUUGGAGGAGGCCCUUGGUGCCGUUUUGUCCUCCCUUGAUGACUAUAGAGGCCAGUUCCCAGAACUACAGGUCCUAGAGCAAGAGCUGAAGCUGUUGGAGGAGGCGCUAACAGUACGGAGUCGUAGUCGCUCAUCCAGCGUCAGUUUGACGGUUGAGACGGCUCUAGGGAGCUUCGACUUCCUCAAUACAUCAGACCUGGAGGAAGAGGAGGAAGACGAGGAUGGUGAGAGACAGAGUGUGACAGACAGCGCAGAAGAGCGGCCGGCGGCUGUGGAGAGCGCAGGAGAGGAUGAGGGCUGUGAAGCGCGAUGUUGGGAUACUCCCUCCGGUCCUCUCAGCACAGGCUACCCGACUCUAGAUCACACCCUGCUGGUUCAUCUGAAGAACUGCAGCUCACAGCUGCUGAGGCUAGGCACAUUUGGGCCUCUGCGCUGCGGGGAGAUGUACGCUCUGGACCGACUUCUCAGGGAGGCGAGAGUCCUCGAGCUCAUACGAUGGGUUGUGAAGGACUCGAGGGGCGAAGUCAUCCAACCAGAGGAGGCAGUUGUUCCUCAGUUAGAUCAGUGCCAAGGGGCUGUGUUGCUGUGGAAGCAGUGCACGGAUGGCUGCAGCGUCUACAGCACCUCCACAGAGGCCUUCUUAAAGGCGCUCAGAGACACUUACGCCAGCAGACUCCCUGAGAGAGGAGCUGGAUUUACAGACACGGUGUUUAUGCGUCUGCUGGAGCGAAUCCUUGAGAGGAGGCUGCCCAGGCGUGCAGGAGGUGCGUCCAAAGAGACUCUCACACUCUUUCAGUUUUGGAGCUACCUGGAAGCAGAGGGGGUGAAUGACUUGGACACACACAUUCCUGAGCUGGCUGAAGAAGUGUGGCUAGUUCAGUGCCUGCAGUCUGGAGAUCAGGAUGUAUUGGUAAAAUCUUUGAAGAAGCCUCCGGAGUGCAGUCUGAAGAGGGAGGGCUUGCGUGCAGUCAGUCUGCUGCUGAGGGAUCCGAGGGGGAGAGUGUGCAGCGCAGCCAGUUCCCUGCUGCGGAGUCUAGCUGACCAAACCCGCCACAGGGAGAGGGCAUUGGUGAGCUGUCUAGAGUUGCUGGAGGAUGAAAGUGUUGAGACGCGGGUGUGUGGAUGUAAAGCUCUCGCAUGUCUGAAGGCCAAAGAGAGCAUUGAGCAGCUGGUGUAUCUGUGCCGGACAGAUAAGGAGGAUGUGAGGGAUGCUGCCAAACAAGCUCUGCUUGUGCUAGGUGAGGAGGGGAAGAUGGCCCAUCGACACCUUGAGUCCUCACAAGACGGAAUGUCCCGGAUUUUUGCGCCCGGCAGCAUGGCCAGUACGGCUUUCUAAACACAAUCAGCUGACCGAUACUUGUACUUGCGUCUCAGUAUCCUCACCGUCAUGAUCAUGCCAAUUACAGACUUUGAAUGCACACUAUUAAAAAAAAAAAAAAAAACUUUUAAUGACACAAAUCAGAGGGAUCACGCUCUUAACAGGUCGCGUCAGUAUCGUCCUCAAAAACGUGGACGGAUGUUAUACAAUCAUUGGACAAGAGGACUUGUACGUCAGUCUGUUUGUUAUUAAUAUUUUGGAUCUGGCCUAAGAUGAACUACUGUAAAGUGAUGAGGUAAGAUACAUAGCGGGAAUGGGUUUAUAAACAAUGCUUUGCUGCCUUAAAAUUCGGCCCAAUGGAGUUGCCUUCGUGAUUCAUGGAAUGAAGCCGGACCCUGAUCAGCAGUACAAGUGAUGGGAGAUAAAAGUGUGGUUUUCACUUUAUUGGUGCAAGUAAGGCAGUGACUACCUGCAGGGUACAUAGAGAAUCUGAUUGUCCACUUUGUGAAGGGUGCUUAUGUGUGUGUACAUAAUGAUUGGAGAAUGUAUGUCGGUAGCUGUGUGGGUCUCCACCUCGAAACGUAGGAUGGGAAUCUUGGAAAGUAUUUCCUUAUUAACUCCGAACUUUCAUAGGGACCUUGUUGCCAUAGUAACAGUGCCAUUCCAUACUGUCAUAUGCUUUAUUGAUACAGAAUAUAUAUCUAUAUUCCAUUGGAAGUGUAAAUGUUUUGUGUUAUAAUUUAGUUUAAAUGUUCAAAUGCUCAAUAGCCAAUACCGAUCGGAUUUGAUUCACCAUGCACUUCACAUUUAAACCACUGGCAUUGUAAUAUCUGCUGUAGAAGUGGUGAAGCUGUUCAUUUUUAUUCAUUUUUGAAGAUGUCAUCAUUAUUAUUAUGAGUGAAAGCUGUAAAAUGUGGUGAAUAUUGCCUUUUGCAAAAGGUUCAACCUUUCAACGCUUGUGAUCUGUAGAAUGGCCAUCAGAGACUCAGUGCUGCUAGACAGAAAGGUUCUGAGUUGGAACCAGGAAAGGUUCGUUCAUUUCUACAUAACAUUACUUUCUAGUUCAAUCUGUUCCAGACUUAAAUACGACAAAGAACGCCUCUUCAGUGUAUAAGUGCCUCGAAGUAGUAUGGGGAGCAAGAGAAUGAGAUAGACUUUAUUUAAAACUCAACACUGCAGUUUAGGAUUGCAAACUGCAGAACAGAUUUAAAUAUAUAUUUUUCAUUAUUAUCUACAGAUUGUGCAGCAUUAAAGAAAUGAUUUACUUUUGAUUUUUUUUUUUUAUUUACUCUAAAUAUGUAUAUUGUCUGACAAGGAUAUUGCUGACAUCAACUGUAAAGGAAACUAUUAAAAUUAUGGACACUAAAA